AAUCCUUGGAGUGGAAAAGGAUCGAAUGAUAAGAGGCUCGAUUCAUUUGUGCUUCAGGAAGAUCAAGUCAUCAUUGAUCGAUCCAUAGAAGUAGUUGUAGAUGUUAUGGUUGACUUACCCCCAUUGUUACCUACUCCUCAUCCACUUCUUGUUGACAAUGAAACUCUGAUGGAUAAUAUUUUUGGGAAUGAUGCAUCAAAUGUUAGGUUUGAUGGUGCUAGUGUCAAUGUUGGGAAUACGAACUCUGUACAUGGCGAUGCCUAGGAUAGUGACAAUAGUGACUUUGAAGAUGGAUUGAUUGCAGAGGAUGGCUACUAUGGAGAAGAAAAUGUGAUCUCCAACUAUGAGUAUAGGGAAGAGAUAGAUCUAGACUAUCUUGAUGAUGUGUUAUC